AUGCUGAUUGCACCUGAGGGAGACCCGGAUGCACCAGACAUCCCGACCCCGCGCUCUUACGCUGAGGCGAUCGCGGGUGAGUACUCCUCUCAGUGGCAGGCAGCCAUGGAUGCAGAGAUGGCAUCCUGGAAGUCCACUGGCACCUACGUCGACGAGGUUCCCCCUCCUGGGGCGAACAUCGUCGACGGCAUGUGGAUUUUCAGGGUGAAGCGGCCGCCAGGCUCUCCGCCUGUCUUCAAGGCGCGUUACGUUGCUCGAGGCUUCAGUCAGCAAGAGGGAGUUGACUUCUUCCAGACCUUCUCCCCCACCACGAAGAUGACCACUCUUCGGGUGCUACUGCACGUUGCAGCUCAGCGUGACUACGAGCUUCACUCUCUUGACUUCAACACAGCUUUCUUGCAGGGCAGCCUGCACGAGGAAAUCUGGCUGCGCCGCCCUCCUGGCUUCACUGGGUCGUUUCCUCCUGGUACCCAGUGGAGCCUCCGGCGGCCGGUCUACGGUCUCCGCCAGGCGCCACGUGAGUGGCACGACACACUGAGGACUGCACUUGCGGCUCUUGGGUUCGCUCCUUCUACUGCUGACCCGUCGCUGUUUCUGUGCACCGACACUUCGCUGCCGCCGCUCUACAUCCUCGUGUACGUCGACGACUUGGUCUUUGCCACUGCUGACAGUGAGGCUCUCGCCCUGGUGAAGUCGGAGCUGCAGAAGAGACACACGUGCACAGACCUGGGUGAGUUGCGCAGCUACCUUGGCUUGCAGAUCACCCGGGACAGAGCACGUCGCACCAUCACACUGACUCAAUCACACAUGGUGCAGCAAGUCCUUCAGCGCUUCGGCUUCACCUGGUCCUCGGCACAGGCCACUCCUCUGGCUACAGGUCACUCGCUCUCAGCUCCAUCUUCGGACGAGUCCGUAGAGCCGAGUGGUCCUUACCCAGAGCUAGUUGGCUGCCUCAUGUACCUGAUGACUUGCACUCGUCCUGACCUCGCGUACCCUCUUGGCCUUCUGGCUCGCUACGUGGCUCCUGGUCGGCACCGAAAGGUGCACUGGGAUGCUGCAAAGAGGGUAUUGCGCUACUUGUGCAGUACAUCAGGCAUGGGGCUCGUGCUUGGAGGGAGGAGCUCAGUUGUCCUCACUGGGCACUCAGACGCUUCUUGGGUUGACGACCAGGCUAUGCAGCGGUCGUCACAGGGUUACACCUUCAGUCUUGGCUCUGGUUCAGUUUCUUGGCGUUCUACACGUUCGUCUUCAGUUCUCAGCUCCAGUUGUGAGGCUGAGAUCUACGCCACAGCCAUGGUUGCACAGGAGUUACGCUGGCUCACCUACCUGCUGACCGACUUGGGAGAGCAGCCUCGUUCUCCUCCAGUUCUGUACGUCGACAACAAGGCUGCCAUUGCCUUGUGUGAGGAGCACAGACUGGAGCACAGAACGAAGCACAUCGCUCUGCGUUACUUCCUGGCUCGAGAGUUGCAGCAGCGUGGUCAGCUUCGUCUGCGCUACAUGGCCACUUGGGCCAACACUGCUGAUAUAUUCACCAAGGCACUUCAGUCUGGUGAUCAUCAGCGUUUCUGCACUUUGCUAGGGCUUGUGCCCACUUUUCCUCACUUGCUGUAG